CAACAGGGACUGACUUGUUUGGAUUUCUGGACUUUGUCCAAAAAUAUCCUGCAGUUCAAAUCGCAGCUGGCGAAAACAAGCUAGUGCUUCAGCCGUCAAAAAGAAACUUAAAUAUUCAGUGUAUUGUUUUUACUCUCAUAUUCAGAGCUCUCUCAGAUGGACACACUCUUCUGAUUUUCCUCAUUCUGCACUGUUGCUGCCAAAGGAUUUACAAGAUGUCGGCAGAUAACAGCAACUGGACCAAUAUAGGCCUAGACUAUGAUUCUAUCAUUCAAGAACUUAAAAAAGUAGAAACAAAUACAAGCAGUAAUCAGUACAAAACUCAUAUCUGGAUGACCUACUUCAUUACAUAUUGUAUUGUUCUCAUCCUUGGUGUCACCCUCAACUUCACUGUCAUUGUCAUCAGCUGCCGGAAAUACAAGAGUUUUCAGGAGGUUGCCAUUUGGAUUAUGGCAUUGGCUGUAACACAUUUAGCCUCCUGUACAUCUGUUGUGUUUCAGCUCCUAUAUGCUUACAAUAACUUUAAAUGGAAUUACGGAAAUGCAACUUGCAAGCUGUCAUCCUAUAUCAUCUACGGCAGUAUGUUCUUCACGGCAACCACGCUGAGUCUCUGGAGCAUUAAAUCUACUCUUUUAAAGACCAUGUGCACAAAAAAGAUAAAGAAUUGUAACAUCAUUCUGAUUUCAUUCUCUUGGACUAUUGCAGCAGUCUUGGCAUGUCCUUCGCUGUUUUCCAGAGAGGUCCGAUAUUUUCAUUGCAUUGAUGACUAUGACUUGGACAACUCCAGAACAACUCAAGACGGCACUACAAGGCUGAAGGCUGUCAUUGUCAUGCGAUUUCUCCUCGGGCUAGUGGUGCCAGCUUUGGUAGUGUUUCUCAGCUGUUGUGUGACAUCAUCUCAUAAAUUAUGUAAAUUAUGUAGGAUGCAGGCACAAAUCAUCUGUGCUAUAAAGAUUGCCUACUUUGUGUGCUGGGGCCCUCAAAUCGUCUUAACUAUGCUUCAGGCCACUAUAAGCGGCAGCCUGGGUGAAAACAUUUCAAAAUAUGGACUUCCGGCUGCUACCGUACUGGCCACAACCCACCUCUUUACCAGCCCACUCAUCUUUCUGUUACUGGGACGCAGUUUUAAAAUGAGGUGGAUGGGGCAUGACCCAGAUCACAAUGAGAAUCACAUUGAUGAGAGGGAUAUGGUGCCCUUAAAGAGGCGUCUUUAAGCAGUA